AUGGUUUGGCUGAUUCGUCGCCGAAACGAUGUUCGCCCUAUUUGCCCGAUGAAAGGCUGCUUCUGUUUAGAUAACAGGAUGGGUUGCUUCAUUUCCACAAUUUUCACAGCACUGUCCGUACUUUUCGCAUUGAUUUUUGUCAUACUUGACCUGAUAUCUUGGGGUGUGCCCGAAUUUCAAGUGGACCACCGAUUCCCCACAUACUGGAGGAUACGCUUCUGGAAAGGUUCGUUACAUUCGGGAACCCCCAACAACCUGAAGGGUUUAUUCUUUGUGAUAUCGUCAUGGUGUUCACGAAUUUAA